ACAGUUGUUACUUGCUAACAAUCCACUGCUGUCUGGUGAAAUUCCAAAAUUCAGUGAACAUGUUGAAGUUGUAUAUUCUGGAACUGGUAUGAUAAAUAAUACUGCACCUGACAACCCAACAGCCAACAGGCCCAACACUGUAGCAACUAGUUUUCUUGUUGGCAUUGUCAUUCAGCUGGUUGUCUCCAGAAAAAAUUGUUGGCAACCUCAAUUCAUUGAAAGUAAUUUAUUAACUCCUAAUGCAAUUCACAAAUCAAGAAUUCACUUCGGUAAAGCCAUGGAAGCUGUUGCUGAUACAUCAAAUGUUACUUUGAAAACAAGGUUUUCAACGUAUUACACUGCCAUCAUGCCCUCUGGAUCAAUCUAUUUUAUCAAGAAACUAAACUGUUCUAACAAGAUAUUGCCGUUGGGAAGUCAUGAUAAAUUUGGAAAAGCGCUAGAAGUCUAUGCAAAAUUGAACAAUUCAAAUGUCAUGACUCCUUUGGCCUAUGCUCUGUCCAUUGAUACUGCUUAUAUACUAUAUGAAUAUAUCUCAAAUGGCUCCCUCUAUGAUGUUCUUCAUGGAAGCAUGUUAGAUUGGGGUAGCAGAUAUACUAUAGCCGUUGGGGUGGCUCAAGGACUUUCUUUUCUUCAUGGAUUUGCCUCUAGUCCAAUACUACUCCUUGACCUAUCAAGUAAAAGUAUUAUGUUGAAGUCCCUCAAGGAGCCUCAAGUUGGGGAUGUUGAACUCUACCAUGUGAUUAAUCCCUUAAAGAGUACAGGGAAUUUUUCUGAAGUUGUUGGUUCUGUUGGUUAUAUUCCUCCAGAGUAUGCAUACACAAUGACAGUAACAAUUGCUGGGAAUGUCUACAGUUUUGGUGUCAUUCUGCUUGAACUGCUGACAGGAGAACCUCCGGUGACAGAUGGAAAAGAAUUGGUCAAGUGGGUUUUGGAUCAUUCAACAAACCCACAAUACAUUCUUGAUUUUAAUGUCAGUAGAUCAUCACAAGAAGUCAGAAGCCAGAUGCUUGCAAUUCUCAAGAUUGCUCUUGUUUGUGUUAGUACAUCCCCAAAGGCAAGACCAAAUAUGAACACUGUGCUUCAGAUGCUUCUUAAUGUUGGAUGAAGUCAAAUUCUUUAGUAUUGGAAUAUAUCUUGAAGAGAGAUUUUUUGUAAUUUUUGGAUGAUGCUUUAAGUCAAGAAAAUAUGAAAGGUAGACAUAUUACAGGACAAAGUUGGCUUAAUUAUUUUAUGGUGUGUUACCAGUGUAAGUAAAACUAGUACCGUACAUAUAAGAUAUAACUUAUACAUAUAAAAGUAUACUUUUGUUUUCUACAUA